AUUGCUAUGGAAGAGGAACUACAGAUUACUAAUGCGGAACUGUUUCCACCCGGAGCCGCAGACACGCUGCACAGCGCGGGCCAAACCACUUCCGGACGACGCGAAACGUCAACAACCGCCCAGCGUUACACAAGGAGACAUGGCCGCCGGCAGCGGCAGCGUGGACAUGGACCCGGAUGUGGCCCGGAGGCUGUUCGAGGAGGGGGCCACCCUGGUGCUGCUGGGGGUCCCGCAGGGCACGGAGCUGGGGAUCGACUGCAAGAGCUGGCAGGUCGGUCCCCGCUUCAAGGGCGUGAAGAUGAUCCCGCCGGGCCUCCACUUCCUCCACUACUGCUCCGUCAACUCCCCCGGCUGCGGCGGGGAGGUGGGCCCCAAGACGGGCCUCUUCCUCAGCCUCAAGCCCAGAGACGUGCUGCUGGCCAACUGGGACCCCAAGGAGGAGGACCUGGACUUCUCCGCCUCCCAGAACGAGGAGGAGGUGAGCCGCAUCAGGGCGAACCUGCGAGACCUGGACCCCCACCUGGGUCCCUACCCGUACGAGGUGAUGAGGAAGUGGGUGUCCCUCACCGACCGGCUCAGCGAGGAGGUGGCGAGCGGCCUGCAGCCCCUCUCGGGUCGGGUGUGCGCCUUCAGCGACGUGGUCCCCGAGCUGCAGCUCCGGCACACCAAGGACCGGGCGGAGCAGCCCAGGAACGACUCGGCGUGCCAGAGCAUGAGGGAGGGGCUGGACCGGCUCCCCAGGAUGAAGCCCAGGGAGGGGACGGAGAUGCGCUUCUCCGUCAUCCCCGAGAAGAAGUACCCGCCCGGCGCGACGCCGGCCGAGGUCACCCAGUGCAGCCUGGACCAGAGCUACGCCCUGGAGACGGUGCUGCAGAGGCACCACCAGCUGCAGCCGCUCAACCUGCUGGGCGAGCUGCAGUUCGCCUUCGUGUGCUUCCUGAUCGGAAACGUCUACGAGUGCUUCGAGCACUGGAAGAGCCUCCUGGCGCUGCUGUGCCGCUCGGAGGCGGCCAUGAGGGAGCACAGGGAGCUCUACCUGGGGCUCAUCGGCGUGCUCUACCACCAGCUGGGGGAAAUCCCCCCCGACUUCUUCGUGGACAUCGUGUCUCAGAGCAACUUCCUCACCUCCACGCUGCAGGACUUCUUCCAGUCCGCGGAGGCUCCCGGCGUUGACGGGACUCUUCGCAAGAGGGCGGAGAAGUUCAAAGCUCACCUGACCAAGAAGUUCCGCUGGGACUUUGAGGCGGACCUGGACGAGUGUGAGCCGGUGGUGGUGGAGCUGCCCGAGGGCGUCACAGUGGACUGAGACCGGGAGUGACAGGGUGGGGGGGGUUGAGAUGGGGGUGGGGUGGAGGAGCUCGGCGUUUCGAUGCCGGAGCCGUAACGGACCGUAGGGACUCUUGAGGGUGAAGCUCGUGGAGAAACAGGAGGGCGGAGGUGAGGCCUGAAACACUUCACUCUGUCAGCGGCGCCCUCUAGUGGCGAGCUCCUGUAGGUUGGCACAUUCCCUCCCACCUGCUAUGUUCCUUUUUAUAAACUUCUCUUUAUCAUCGCUGAUCAGCAGAAGUCUAUUAUAGACGUUUACGUCAGUGACUCUGGAUGGUCUCCUUCGUGUUAUUAAACAAUAAAUAAGGCUUUUUGUUAA